AGUUUGUCAAAUCCUCUAAUGGUCGACGGACUGUGAUAUGGUUUUUGUAGAUAGAAUAUCCUAAUUCUUCGUUUUUAUACUUGAGAUAAACGUUGAAACUCGGAUAAGUACGAUAAUUUCAUAAACUCGUACCCAAAAUACUGCCAGACAAUAUGAAGAGUCGUUUAUAUUAAAGAAAAAAUUUCACGUAGCUAUUGGAAGACUUGGAAGCUGAGUUUUGUCUUUUUAAAUAACUUUUUGAUGAUAAUUCUGUGGGUUUUGUGGGUGGAGCGGUGAAUAUUGAAGAUGACUACCUCUUCCGAGGACGUCUUGCUCAGCGUUAGCUACGUGAGGUUCAAGAAGGGUGAUGGCACUUUGUAUGUUAUGAACCAAAGGUUAGCCUGGAUGUUGGAAAACAGAGAUACAGUUGCUGUAUCACAUAAAUAUGCUGAUAUCAAAACACAAAAAAUAUCUCCAGCAGGUAAAGCAAAAGUUCAAUUACAAGUGGUAUUACAUGAUGGGACAUGUUCUACUUUCCACUUCGUCAACCCUGCUGGUGCAGAAGCCCAAGCUAAGGACAGGGACCAGGUUAAGAUGUUGUUGCAAAACUUACUGCCAAAGUUUAAGAGACAGAUUGAUGAAGAGCUGGAGAUGAAGUCAAAACUAUUAUCUUUACAUCCUACAUUGAAGCAUUUAUAUGAAGACUUGGUGAUAUCGAAGGUGAUAAAUAGUGAAGAAUACUGGAACACACCUACAUUAAAAACAUAUACGGAAUCUAAUAAUAUAAAGCAGGAGGCCGGUGUGUCCGGAGCUUUUUUAGCGGAUAUCCAGCCACAAACCGACGGCUGUAACGGUUUAAAAUACAACCUUACGCAAGAUAUAAUAGACGCUAUAUUUAAAACUUAUCCAGCCGUCAGAAAGAAACAUGUUGAUUAUGUUCCCAACAAAAUGACUGAAGCGGAGUUUUGGACAAAGUUUUUUCAGUCUCAUUAUUUUCACAGAGACCGCAUUGCCUCAUCGUCUAGUAAAGAUUUGUUUGGAGAAUGUGCCAAAUUAGAUGACCAAGCCAUUGCCUCAGCUAUGAAACACACUACACUAGAUCUCACAGUCGACCUCCCACAGUUCACAGAAAACAUCCCCUUACUACCGACAGAAGAUGAAAUAGCGCCAGAGAAGGAGAAAGGAGAUAACGCAUCCAUACACAGAAACAUGAUCAAGCGGUUCAACCAACACUCCAUUAUGGUGCUCAAAGCUAGUCAUAAAACAAAUUCUAGUAAUAAUAAUAAUAACACUAGUAGUAAAACGACAAAUAACAACAAAGUUGUUGAGAACGGUGUCAAAGAAUCGAAUGGCGUAGCAGAGAAGCGGACGGCAGAAGACAGUAGUACAGAAGCACCGGACAAGAAGAAGAGAAUAUUAGAGAAGAUACAUUAUGAAGACCUAGAAGAUAAACCUGGAACCGAGGAUGCACAGGAAUUGAAAUUGUCUAAGGUAGAAAGAUAUCUCCUCGGCCCGUCGAGUCAGUCGCAACAAGCACACAUACACACACACAACCCUCCUCCUUUAUCGGCACUCACCUCAAUUUGUCAGGCAUGGUCAAGUGGACAGCAAUGUCAAAGGCCUGUACGUGUAAGCGCGAGUGCGUGUGUCGGCGCGCUAGGAGAACUCAGCCCCGGCGGAGCGCUCAUGAGGCAUCAUCAAGCUGCUUCUAUGGCACAAUUAAUACCUCCCGACGUGAAAUCAGAACUGCACCGUAUCUACCUAUCCGGUGGCGAGUUACUUAGGGAGUUAUGGCGUUGUUUCCCCCAACCUGGCGCCAACACAGAUGCGGAGGACGCCACGGCUAAAGCAGAGAAGUUUUACGAAGCACUGCUCAGAUUUAGGAAUGUUAAAUUGAGGCCUUUUGAGGAGAAAAUGCUCCGUGAAUUAACGCCGCUAGCAGCAACGUUGACGCGGCAUAUGAAUCAAAUGAUAGACACAGCUUGCGCAAAGUAUGCGGUCUGGCAACAACGCCAAGCCAAACUGCGGUAGUAGUAGUAAGUUAUACUCGUGUACCGUCAGCAGAAUCAGUUCAAAAUUUUACUAAAAAUAAAUAAAUAAAAAAAUUGUUAUCGAUUUUUUUUAACUGCCAUGUCAAAUAAUUUGGAAUCUUGGAAUGAGGAAUUAAAUUUUAUUUUUUAAUUUUGGUCGUUUUUUUUUUCUAAUUUUCUUUGUGUUUGUUUUAUUUUGUUUAGGAAACUAAGUUUCUCUAGUUUACAAGGAUCAUAGUGUUCACAUGUAGUCAUAUUUUUCCUAAUGACUAGUUUGAUGUUGCCUUAUAGAUUUAGAAAUACCUACUGUCUUCUUUUUAUUUUCAUUGGUAUAAAUAAUAAGAUAUUUAUAAAAUAACAAAUAAAUAUUAGGAAUUAGUGUUUACAUUAAACUCACUUACACGUUGAUAUAAAAGUCACAGUAAAAUAAAAUAAAGUGACUCCUUAGUUUCAUUUAUCAGAAUGAGUCAAUUUAAUUGUCAAAAUAUUACUUUAAAGUUCAAAUUCAGCCAAUAUCGUAGUGUUAGCGGUACUACACUCGCUUUCAAAACAUACUCAUUGCAUUUUAAGAAUAAAAGUACUAAAGACUCGAAUACACGCUUUAUUACAAAUAAACAAAGCAAUAGUUAGAAAAUAAAUAAUAUUUACGCUUCUCAACAGUUUCUGUGAUAAAUAAUAAGAAAAAAUAAUAAUAUAAAUGCAUUAAAUAACAUUUUUCUGCUGACGGUAUAUUUUUUUAUAUAAAAAUAAAUAAAUACGCGACCAAAUUGUGAAAAUUUCGUUUUAGGAACGUUUAGUGAUGUGACGAGAGACCGAAUGCAUAAUAUCCUUUUUUUACUACCCGACUUAAAAGAAGGGUUACGUUCCUCUUCAUUACACUUUUACAAAUAAAAUUCUUAAAAAAUAAACCAGACAAUAUUAUGUAAAGCGAAUGUGAUAGACUACCUGGUGUAGUUCAGAUGAAUUUAAAUAAGCUUUUAUUGUGAUUAUUAUCGUCUUAGAGCUUACCCAUUGGAAUCUUAUCAAUAUUUUUAAUUGGAGUAUAAUUAAGACUUUAAUUGCGCACUAAAACUGCUGUAGGCUAAUCCUCCGCUAUCAGAUACCAAAACCCAACAUGGGGUUCGAUGUUUUAAAGAAAUAUCUUAAUUUCUCAAUUGUUUUUACUUUCACCCUUCCUUGCGAUUAGAAUAGUUGUAAGUAUUAGUAAAUUGCGCACAAAAUUCAAUUUGAUAUGUUGCCCUAAGAAUCUCUUGAUGAAAGUCCGAAGACUAAGAAAAAUCAAUACGACGUGUCCUUAAAAAGAUGCUUUUAUAAAUCCCGGCUACAGUUUGUAUGCGCAAACACUUUGCGCAAACUUUUAGUGUGUUGCGCUAACUUGCGCAAAAUAAUUUCUCAAGUUAACAAUCAUAUCUUAACAUAUGAAUGCUUGUAAAUCAAAACUGCCCCUGUAAAUAGUUAAUCCGUGUAUAAGACUGAAUUUUUACAAUCACUGUCAUGUUAAAUAUUUUAUUUUAUACUUUCUCGUCACAUCUUAACCGUAUUUGGCAAACAAAUUAUGUACAUAUGCCUGUCUUAUGUAUAAAUAAUAAUCUGUGAAUACCUAAAUCAUUUAGAUAUGUAAAUUGGGACUCUACUGACGUUCAGACUUCUGGUGA